AUGAACCAAUUAUCUCAGCUUUCAAAUCUCUCACGUUAUGCCGAUAACCUUUCGGUGGACCGCAUCAAGGCGGAACUGAAUUCGAUGCACAGUAAACUCGCAACAUUGCGCCCUGUCCAGGAAUUUUUCAAUGUGAAAAAAGUAUCCAAGCCCCAGAACUUUGGGGAGCUGCAAUCGCGAGUAUCCUAUAAUCUCAGACACUUCUCUACAAACUAUGCGCUGAUUGUCGGGCUGCUCAGCAUCUACACGCUGCUCACGAACCUGCUGCUGUUGUUUGUGCUUGUGUUUGUGUUUUUUGGUCUCUACGGAAUCAAUAAACUCGAGGGUCAGGAUCUGGUCACUCCCUUCGGCGCAUUCAAGAGCUCCCAGCUCUACACAGGACUCAUGUGUGUCGCGAUUCCUCUCGGAUUUUUCGCCUCCCCUUUCACCACGUUGAUGUGGCUCAUUGGUGCAUCAGCUGUUUCUGUGUUGGGACAUGCCUCUUUCGUGGAAAAGCCUAUUGAAACCGUUUUUGAGGAGUCCGUUUGA